UUAUCAGCGGCAAUGCAACUUUUCUUUGGCGCCAUAUGGAGCAACGAUCUCAGCUCGUAUUCAACGAGUUCGACGGUUAUCACGUGCGAUGCAAUGCUUCAGCGAGUCAAAGGCCAAAACAAGUUAUGCGCAAAUGUGCGUUUCUUCAGCCACACCUGAGCCUUAUCACGUCUUCACGCCCUACGACGAUUUUUCAUUCUCCCCUCCUUCUCCUCAGGAACUCCAACCUCCUGACUCCAUCCGCUUAUGCUCCACGAGAUGAUGGAUUCUCACUAAUUAGGAAGUAACCUGAAGCACUUAGCGACCGACGCUCGAUAGCCAUCUGCCAUGGAUCCAUUAGAUCCAUUGGAUUGGACGAUAGUUCCUUCUUCCAAAGGGAGCUCCAAGCGAAGAGGUCAAAAGGGAUCUAACGGAUUUAGUUUUCCCGGACGGAAACGUAAAGCAAAGGCUGAUCUUGAUGUUUGCCUUUCUCGCUUUCUUUUCGGUUUGAAUCUCGUCGGAGAACCUAAAAGUGCGAAAUUAUGUUUAUCUGUGGAACUCCCGGCGCGGUUCAACGCCCUCCAACUCCCUCGUCCAGAGCGAAGCUUUUCGAAAAGUAUUGCAACUUUUACUCCUAGUGAAUGGCCAGCUAUUACUAGCCGUGAUUUCGAAUCCGUUCUCGGGUCAACGGGUGAUGCUGGUCUCCUGUGUCUGCUCAAAGCCUUCCAACACCUUGAUCCAGAGCCAAGCUUUUCGGAAAGUAUUGCAGCUUUUACUCCUAGUGAAAUGACAGCCAUCACCAGCCGUGAUCUCAAAUCCGUUCUCUGUUCAACGAAUGAAGCUGAAUUCCAAGCUGAAAAAGCUCGACUCCUGGGUCUCGACACACUAAUCCAGAACGCAAGCAAACCAUGGAUUUUCGAAGAUUCUGCCAAGGAAACAAUAAUUUUCGGCAAACAGUUGCUGGAUUUGAUGUCGAGACCACCGCUUAACACGAGGAACGAGUUGCACUUACAGCGCUCCAAUUACGUCCAAUUAUUCCAACCUUUACUCCACUAUUUCAAAGCCAUCUCGAGUUCGUGGGCAGUGGCACAAGGGAUUUCCCACGAAGCACUCUCCGACGGCCUCUCCGCGGAAGAAUACCUUCCACACAGAAUUGAUGCAACAGACGAACGCUUUAGGCUUGAAUCGCUUGAUGAGGUUGGGGCUGUAAUCCCUAUAGAUUGGGUAUUGAAUCCAAUUGACAUAAGAGUAAAUGUUCUCGUUUUCGGACGGCCUCACUACCAUACAAUGAUGGCUGUUCAUCAACGCCUCAGCACCGAGAAAUUUACCCAGCCACUAUCAUCCAAUGCGACCAUUCAUGUGAUCAUUCACCCUUCCCAUGAUGAGAUUUUUCUCACUCAUGAUCGAAUGGGCACUGGUGAAGAUGAUACCGGUAGCUCAAAUUUGUUCAUGCUUCCUAUCUCUUUGGGGUGCCAGGAAACUCAACCGAGUGAGGAAACCGCAUACUACUCUGGAAUACGUGGAUUUAGGAUAUCGUCUGAGAUCACAUGCCAAUCUAACAGUACUGCGAGUGCCGUUCACGUAUCUUCGAAUCAUGACGCAGCGGCUAGGACGACCGAAAUGGAAGACUCGACAAGAAGAACUGCCGUUGGCGGGAUGCAACCAAUCUCUAGCUUCGAGUUCAGGAUUCAGGAGGGUUCGAUAACUGAACCCCGCCAGCCUGAACCAUCAGAAGUCCCAGCCAGUUCCAGAUUGUUCAUUCCUAGCCGCCUAGCAUCCAAAGAGACCUGGAGAUAUCCAUAUGUCACUCAGGACGCUGAUUGUUCGUUGAAUAAUCUUCUAGUUGUUCCCUUCCCCGCUCUGGACGACCAAAGUCAGGAAAUUGAAACGCCUUCGGACACAUAUCCUGCGCGAAUCGGAGCCAAAACUGCAGAGUUCAGCACACAAGAAGACACUGAGAGCGAGGGUGAAGACGAAGGCGACGAAGAUAUUGAAUCUUAUAUUACUGGGUCAGGUUCCGUUUCCAAUUGGGCUUACACUCCUUCAGAGGGAGACACUUGCGAAGGACCGGAUGAUUUGAGCUUAAUACUGGAACGAAUUCGGGGUGAGCUGCUGGACGCCUUCAUGGACCAAUUCUGGAUGAUUGCUAACCAGAACAUGAUUGGGAACUUUCGUGUGCAUGCCGGCUCUUCCAGCGCGUCAUCGACAUCUAAUAAGUCAGAUUUCUAUACUCCACGGGCAAGCUCAUCCAACAUGAGUUCUGGAAAGCGGACCGGGGAGGGUGAAAGGGAAGACUUCCCAGAAGAGGAUGGUGAUGGAAGACCCAAGAGGCCAAAGGUGCCUUCAACAUCAACUACGUCUUUCGAAGAGUUAGCACAAUUUGCCUGCCCAUACCGGAAACAUGAUCCCAGAAAGUUCAACUUUCGUGACUGGCCUACCUGCGCCCUAACUCCCCAGCGGACGGUUGCCCGUGUUAAGGGUCAUCUCUACAGACACCAUCGAGUCCAUCAAUGUCAACGCUGCAAAGAGCUAUUUGAAUCUCAAGAACAACUCGACAAUCACAUCAUUGCUUUGCAAGGAUGCGAAGUCAGGCCACCGGAUCCGUUUCAGCCAAUAUACGGAAUCACUGUUAGAUUGAAGGAACAGCUGCAGAGCAGAAAGAAGGCAUAUCCAGGUCAGACUGAAGCGAAGAGGUGGCAACAGAUGUAUCAGCUGAUUUUCCCAAACGAAAUCGCACCCAGUCCAUAUUUCGAACCAAUCCGUGACCAACACGACGAUAAACCCCACGCCGGUGCUUCCGAAGAAUUGGCGAGAUAUGAGGAAUAUCUUCGCAAUGAACUUCCACAGUGCUUCAGAAGGGCUUUAGAAGCUGCGGUCGAUAAUGAGAUCCGAUGCGUCGGAGACCACCUGAGAUCCCAAAUCUUGACCCUCCUCGACACGGCCCAAAAGGAAGCAUUCGACAAUUACCAUGCUGUUCACAACCUCGCUGCCGAGAUCGUGCCACUCACAUCCCCCCCUGAAAACGAUUAUGAUAAUAUUGGAGAAGAUAAAUGUAGGGACGACUCAGCCACCGGAUGCCAGUUCAAUGGCAACUCCACCAGUGGUCACCAAGAUGAAAGCUGCACUUUCCCACAGUCUCCGCAACCAGCAACUGUUCACAGAUUGGAUCAAAUUAACGACACUUGCCCUGCGGAAUCUCCCCUCGAUGAAUCGGAGAUUCUAGGUAACGGCACUGUCAUUAGUACAGCAAAUCCUAUUCUCGACACCCUUCUCGGCUUUGAGGCUCCAAAUCAGGACACGCUUUUGCUGCAAUUAGAGCUGGACGAAAUGCACUACUCCUACGAACAGUGGCUCGACAGCCACGACAAAAUGGAUUUGGAUCUUCUACAAGACCCUAACUGGCAAAUUGGAGCCAAUGCUAAGAUAAGAAUAUAAUAGCGCAUGUGGUUGAAAUCGAGAGGAUUACAAAUCAUUGAUGUGACUUUGCAGCUGGUCGAGUCUCAACUCCUUUUCUCUGAUCUCUCCUUCUCCUUGGAUCAUUGCGAAGAGUUUUUCUUUCACAUAUUUCCUGUCCGCAAAAAUUGCAAAUACAAAGGACUUCAAGAAUUCACCGCACUCUGGACAUACACGCAUCAAGGGGUUAGUCUAAACCAAAUGCUCGUCACCUGCCGACAGUUCAUGACGGAA